AUGCGGCACGCCUCGCUGCAGCGCACCCAGACGGCCCUGGCCGUCGGCACCACGCGCGCUCCGGCCGCGCCCAACCCCGUCCCCGCGCCCGCGGCCCCUCCGGCGGCCGCGUCUCCACCCGGCAACACCCGCAAGAAGAAACGCGGGAACGACGGGCGUCCACGCUCCUCCGGCCAGCCUUCGGCCGGGCCUCGUCCACCAGCUCCGCCGGCUGCACCGGCGCCGUGGUUCGGCGGGGUCAACCCAUGGACGGGCGUGGUGCAUGCCUGGGCCAUGCCCCCGACGCGCGCGCCGCAUCCCGGCAUCCUCGGCCCGCGGCCCGGGGGUCAUCAGGCGCUGCUCGCCGCGCCCCAGCCCGGCGGGGUCCCUCCUCCGCCGCCCUCUUCGUGGCCGCCGGCGCCUACCUCCUCCUGGACGGGCGCUUCUUCGUCCACCUACGACCCCGCCCUCCUCGCUGCACUUCAGCAAGCCCCGCCGCCGAGCGCCUACCCCGGGAACGGCGACUGGUUCAUGGACACCGGGGCCUCCUCUCAUAUGGCGUCGCACCCUGGUAUCCUCUCUCACUCCCGUCCCUUUCCCACCUCCACCCGCAUCAUCGUCGGUGACGGCUCUUCUCUCCCCAUCACCCACCGCGGUGGCCUCUCCCUCCCUUCCUCUGGUGCUCCUGUUCGCUUAUAUGGUGUUCUUGUCUCACCGCAUCUCAUUACCAAUUUAGUUUCUGUUCGUGCUCUCACUCGCCAGAACUCUGUUACAGUUGAAUUUGACGCCUUUGGUUUCGCGCUCUGA